CCUUUUAUAUUAAACUGAGAGUUUAAUUUUCCUCUCAAACUUUACCCAUUUUUUUUUUCUUUUUCUCUCUUCAUCAAUUCUUCUCUUAAGAACCCUAGCUAAUCAAAAGUACUCGGAUCAAAUGGCGAUUUUACCGGAGAACUCUUCUAAUUUAGAUCUUACUAUCUCCGUUCCAGGCUUCUCUUCCUCCCCUCCCUCCGAUGAAGGAAGCGGAGGAGGGAGAGAACAGCUAAAGCUAGACAUGAAUCGUUUGCCGUCGUCUGAAGACGGAGAGGAUGAGGAAUUAAGUCACGAUGAUGGCUCUGCUCCUCCUCGGAAGAAGCUCCGUCUAACCAGAGAACAGUCUCGUCUUCUUGAAGAUAGUUUCAGACAGAACCAUACCCUUAAUCCCAAACAAAAGGAAGCACUAGCUCAGCAUUUGAUGCUACGGCCAAGACAAAUUGAAGUUUGGUUUCAAAACCGUAGAGCAAGGAGCAAAUUGAAGCAAACAGAGAUGGAAUGCGAGUAUCUAAAAAGGUGGUUUGGUUCGUUAACGGAGCAAAACCACAGGCUCCAUAGAGAAGUAGAAGAGCUUAGAGCCAUGAAGGUCGGUCCACCAACGGUGAACUCCGCCUCCAGCCUCACCAUGUGCCCUCGCUGCGAGCGUGUCACCACUGCAGCCACCCCACCUAAUUCCAUGGCGGUUCCAGCCAGGAAAACGUUUCCGCCGCAAGAGCGUGAGGAUUGAUCUAUGUUAUCAGUAUGGUUUAUAAGUCAACGAAAGUCAACCCCUUCAGCCCAAAAGCAAAAUUGCUGUUCACAUGAUUUCGUGUAAAUAUACUACUUAGAGAUUUUGUGCUGCACAACAACUCUUUGUAAAUAUUAUUUCAUUAUUUUUUAAUUAGAAAUCCAAUAUCCUUAAUUUGAA